CUUCUCUUCUUCAAAGUUAUCUCGCACGGAGCAGUUAAUAGAUCUUCAAAUUGUCUACCUAAAUCUAUUUACGAGGAAGAGAUGAAGCUCCUCUUAAACAGUGUUAAUGAAAAGAGAGUUGGAAACCCCUCAGGGUUCCUAAAGGACAACAAGGGACUCUCGAUUCCGCCAGCCGCCAGUAGAUCGGAUACCCACAGGAACCAUGGGACACAGAGGCCCUUUUCUAAUGUCAUUAGUUUAAACACUGUAGGACCUAGCAAGCUUGUGACGAGCGAAGUAUAGAUGGAGUGGAAGACAUCGUUGGCGUAUAGAAAAAACCGGAUAUGUCACCGUGCCGCUGUGUCACAAGCACAUGGUAACGCGUUGGACUCGGUGAAAACAAUAAUGCAUGAAAGCCUAUAUCGGUCCUAUAGAUAGUAGAUAUCAUGCGUGGAUAUAGGAUAUCCUGACGUUUUCCGGUCCACACGUGUAAUACGCAAACCUUGAAGAGCCGCAAGGGUUGUGGGGAUAAUAUCCAUGGAUAUCGGAUACACACACUCACACACACACACACACACAUAUAUAUAUAUGUAUGUGUGCGUACUAAACUAUAAAGUCACCGCGUCCUUCAUCUACAGCUUAGGUAUUCGGGUAUUCUUUCUUAGAAACCUCUCUACAUUCCAACCAAUCCUACAACUUAGUACCGGGAAUCCCGGCGCAAUGGAGAGAAAAGAUGGAGAGAUAUCAUCGACUGCCGAGAAGACCACGGGCGGCGAGGCUGAAACGGAAGCAUCGUCGAGAUUCGUAUCUGUGCGCGUUACGGAAGCCCAAGAGUUUGAUAUGAAGGCGACGAAGCGGCUGCUGAGGAAAAUCGACAUUCACAUCCUCCCCAUCAUGUGUCUGAUCUGCCUGCUUUGCUUCCUCGAUCGUGCGAAUAUCGGAAAUGCCCGGCUAGACAACUUAGAGUCAGAUCUUCACCUCAUCGGCCUGCAGUAUAAUGACUGUCUCGCCAUCCUAUUCCCGUUCUAUAUAAUAGCGGAAAUCCCUAGCAACCUCAUGAUAAAGCACAUAGAACCAUCCACGUGGUUAUCAUUUAUCAUGUUCGCCUGGUCUGUUUGCAUUAUCGCACAAGGCUUCGUGGCGAACUAUCAGGGGCUUAUGGCUACGCGGGCACUUCUUGGAGCCUUCGAAGGUGGAUUCUUUCCCGGUAUCAACUUCUACAUCACGCAGUGGUAUCCUAGGAACGAGUGUGGCGUGCGUAUGGCUGUCAUUUUCUCAUCUGCAACCCUUGCCGGCGCUUUCGGAGGCAUAUUAGCGCGCGGCAUCGCCGAGAUGAGUGGCGCCGGCGGGCUCUCCGCGUGGUCCUGGAUUUUUAUAAUCGAGGGUCUCGCAAGCAUUAUCGUCUCAUUCCUAGCGUACUGGGCUAUUCACGGUUACCCCGCAAGUGCGCGUUUCCUGACUCCGAUCGAGCGCCACGAAGUUGAGAGACGUCUCGCGGCGGACUCGGGCUCUCUCACAGACGACUUCGACGUCAGAUACAUCUGGCAGGCACUUCUGGAUUGGAAGAUCUACAUCCACAUGUUAAUCUGCAUGGGUGGCUUCUGUCCCGUUUACUCUUUCUCACUCUUUCUGCCUACUAUCGUCAAGAAUAUGGGCUUCUCAGCCAACAAUGCGCAGCUCAUGAGUGCCCCGCCUUAUGUCCUCGCCUGCCUUUUCUCCAUUGCUGGUAGCUGGUUGGCAGACAGGUGUCGCCAGCGCGGCGUUUUCUUGCUGGGCUUCCAGCUCAUCGCUAUGCUGGGACUUGCGAUGCUAGCCGCGAGCAUGAACCCAAUCAUCCAAUAUACGGGAACGAUCUUUGCCGCCAUAGGAAUCUACCCCCAGAUACCACUCGGUCUCGCGUGGAACGGCAGUAAUAUCGGGGGUAGCCUCAAGCGCGCAACUGGAAUUGCUAUGCAGGUAAUGGGAGGCAAUUGCGGGGGAAUCAUCGCCUCGUAUGUCUACCUGGAGAGGGAUGCGCCGCGUUACAUCGCUGGCCAUAGCAUGUUGAUCGGAUUCGUCGGGCUUGCCUUUAUCAUGACGCUAUGUAUGACUAUUUGGUGUCGUGGAGAAAAUGCCAGGCGCGAUGCUAUCACAAGACAAGCAACGGGGGAGUUGACGGCAGAGCAGAAAAUGCUAGAAAGAAAGCUUGCUGAUGGAGUCUCGUGGUUUAGAUAUACUACCUGACACCAAGACCGAUAGGUGGUAGGGAUAUUUACUAUAGC